AUGUCCUCUUCCCAGCACGGCUAUGUCAAAGACCUUCUCAUUCAACCCCAAGCAACACGCAUGGGCUAUACCAGACUUGGUCGCUCUGGCUUGAAGAUUUCCAAGAUAAUUCUGGGAGCCAUGUCUUACGGAAGAAAAGAUUGGCUCAAGUGGGUUCUCGAGGAAGACGAAGCCCUGCCCCUUCUCGAACACGCCUUCAAAGCUGGCAUCAACACUUGGGAUACUGCCGAUCUCUAUUCAAACGGAGUCUCUGAAGAAAUCAUUGCCAAAGCGCUGGCAGUGUAUAACAUUCCCCGAGAGCGCGUCGUCAUCAUGACCAAAUGCCGCUUCGCCACCAGCGCCCCAGGCGAGCCUCAACUCUCUGUCUUUGCAGCUUCCAUCAAUGAUGGGGAGAUGGUGAACAGAGCUGGACUGUCGCGCAAGCAUAUCUUUGACGCAGUUCAGGCUAGUGUCAAGAGGUUGGGCACAUAUAUCGAUGUUCUGCAAAUCCAGCGCAUGGAUCCAGAUGUUCCGCGGGAGGAGAUCAUGAAGGCACUCAACGACGUGGUCGAAUUGGGUUUGGCACGAUAUAUCGGAGCUAGCUCUAUGCCAGCAUGGGAAUUCCAAGCGCUGCAAAACGUGGCAGAGAAAAAUGGCUGGCAUAAGUUUAUUUCGAUGCAAAACUAUUACAACCUCCUCUACCGAGAGGAAGAACGAGAAAUGAUGCCAUACUGCAAAGACGCAGGAGUUGGAUGUAUACCUUGGUCUCCCAACGCACGUGGUGUCCUCGCUCGUCCCUGGAACGGCCUUGACGAAAAGACUUCACUGCGGACCCAGCAUGACCAAACACUAAAGAGACUCUACGACCGAGAGAACGAAGCAGACAAGGCAACUGUCGACAUAGUAGAAGAGGUGGCUAAGGCGAGAGGACUUCCCAUGGCCGUAAUUGCUACUGCAUGGUGCCUGCAUAAGGGAGUCAAUCCGAUCAUCGGCCUGAAUAGCAAGGAGCGUAUCGAUGAAGCGGUGUUGGCUGCUAAAAUCACGUUGACGGAUGAUGAGGUUGCCAAGCUUGAAUCAGUUUACCGGCCGAAGCCUGUUACUGGAUAUUAG